CAAUUUUUUGAUUUUUGCAUAUGUGUGUUUAAAGUGUUUAAGUGCAAAGAUAAGUUUAAAUAUCUGUUUAAAUAGUAACUAAAAGUAAUAAGAAAAGCAGAACAAACACUUUACUUUGUUAUAUCGGAUUGUUUUAAAAUUUACUUAAAAUAUUAUAUACAAAAUGAUACGUAAAAGAUUUUGGACUUUAUUUUCUGUGCUGGCCUUUGUGUUUUGUAAUUUUGUGAUACCAGAAGCCGAUACCAUAGCCAUAGCACCUUCAACAUUUGGCACAGCGAUUGCCAGAGCUGGGAAAAUAUCAAAUUCACUUAAGGAAACCACAGCAUGGAAAACCUUGACGUCUCAUCCAAAUUCAUUAGUGCAACUAUUGCCGUCGCGUGCAAUGCGGGUGGUGCAAGAGGUCGUGAGAACACUAAGACAAGACACAAAAGUGGUGGUGAACACAUUUCAUGGAAAAAUACGUGGACGAUAUCAGAAAUAUAGAUCAGGUGAACGUGGCGGUUAUUACAGCUUCAAAGGCAUACGUUACGGGCAAGCACCAGUAGGUACCAGAAGAUUUCGUGCUGCAGAACCUGAAAGACCUUGGCUUGGUAUACGUGAUGCGACACGUGAAGGACAUAGCUGUCCGCACAAAAAUAUGAUUUUGGAUACUUUUAAGGGUGACGAAGACUGCUUGUUUCUUAAUGUAUUUACAAAAAGAGUGCCUAAAGGUGGAGAUAAUCCACAAUUACCAGUAAUGGUUUGGUUGCAUGGCGGCGGUUAUUCUUUUGGUUCCGGAAAUACUUUUCUCUAUGGUCCAGAUUAUUUAGUCUCAGAAGAUAUAGUACUGGUAACACUUAAUUAUAGAUUAGGUCCAUUAGGAUUUUUAACUGCUGGUCCAGAUGCACCUGGGAAUCAAGGUUUAAAGGAUCAAGUACUUGCCUUAAAAUGGGUGCGUGAUAAUAUUGCAUCAUUUGGUGGUAACCCUAAUGAAGUGACUAUUUUCGGUGAAUCUGCUGGCGCUUCUUCCGUACAACUUUUGUUACUUUCACCACUAGGAAAAGGUUUAUUUCAUCGUGCUAUAUCACAAAGUGGUUCCGUACUUAAUCCCUGGUCACUCACAGAAAGCUCAACAGAGCGUGCUUUUCGUUUGGCGGCAAAUUUAGGUUAUGUCGGCGCUAAUGAUACAAUAGAGAUUUUAGAGUUUUUACGUCGCGUUCCAGCUAUGAAAUUAGUCGAGGCAGCGCCCACCACAUUGACGGAAGAGGAUUUUCGAAAUAAUGUUGGUUUACCAUUUGUGCCUAUAGUUGAAGGUUACUGGAACAAACCAGGUGAUAGGGGCAUUUAUUAUGAAGAUCCAUUUAUUACUGAACAUCCAUUGGAUAUGUAUAGGGAGCAAAAAUUCAAUACUGAAGUGCCAUAUAUAACCGGAUAUAAUACACAUGAAGCAAUGUUGUUUAUAAGACGUUUGCGUAAGAAUCCUCAAUUAUUACAAAUUAUUGAGAACGAUUUCGCGCGUAUGAUACCGCGUGACCUCAAUGUUACGGACGAUAUUGAUUAUGUAACCCGCGAAAUACGUCAAUUUUAUUUGGGUUCUAAAUCUGUUGGUAUUGAAUCAGUAGAAGAAUUGAUAGCGUUACUGACCGAUCUGAUGUUCUUGCAAGGUAUUCGGAAAACUGCACGGUUUCAUGCCCGAUAUAGCAAUGCACCGGUUUAUAUGUACCGUUUCUCAUUCGAUGGUGCAUUGGGUUUAUACAAGCGUAUGUUAGGCAUUUCAAGACCUGGAGUGUGUCAUGGUGAUGAAAUGGGAUAUCUCUUCAAAUUUGGUUUCUUCAACUUAAGUUUAGAUCCCAGGUCAAAAGAAGUGUUAGUUAAAAAUCGUAUGGUGCGCAUGUGGACAAAUUUUGCGAAAUUUGGUACGCCAACAUUGGAUGAUAAUGCGGAUACCAUGAUUACAACAGCUUGGUCGCCAAUUGACACAAAAGAUAUGAUUGACAAUCUUAACUAUCUCGACAUAUCAACGGCAAUGGAUAUGAAAAAAAAUCCAGAAACAGAAAGACAGCUAUUCUGGGAUCAAAUGUAUCAACAUUACAAUGGUCUUAUUAUGUAAUUUAAAUAGUAUAAAAACGGCU